UGUUUUUAAAAUAAUUUCCAAACUAAUCCUUGGACUUUCAGUAAGCUGCUUUUUUUCCUAAGUUUGUCACAGUGUCCAUUAUGUGCAGGAUUGCCUAUUUGUACAGAAUUAUUUCAUUUAAACUCCUUAUCAGGACAUCUCGUUAAAUGGGGAAGUGAUUACCCUAUAGACUAUGACAACAGGAUAUGUGAAUGGAGGAGGUCUUGGAAAACACCGUUAUGCCAGGUGGCAUCGUGAGGACAGUGGAGAAGACGAUGGGCACCCAGAGUGCUACGGAGGAGAUGAAGAGGGCAGACAGCACAGGCUGACCCCGUUUGAGAAGCUAAUGCAGGAUAUGUCCCAGAAUGAAAAAGUGGUGAAAGAAUUAACCCUGGGAAAGAGAAUUGGCUUCUAUCGAGUCAGAGGAGAAAUAGGAAGUGGGAAUUUCUCGCAAGUGAAGCUUGGAAUUCAUUCCCUAACCAAAGAGAAAGUUGCAAUUAAGAUUUUGGACAAGACAAAGCUAGACCGGAAGACUCAACGUUUGCUAUCUUGUGAGAUAUCCAGCAUGGAAAAACUGCACCACCCAAAUAUCAUCAGACUAUAUGAAGUGGUGGAGACACUCUCAAAACUGCACCUGGUGAUGGAGUAUGCAGGAGGUGGGGAGCUCUUCACUAAAAUCAGUACAGAAGGGAAGCUGCUAGAAACAGAGUGUAAAAUAAUCUUCUCCCAGAUUGUGUCUGCUGUGAAGCACAUGCAUGAGAAUAAUAUCAUUCACCGGGACUUGAAAGCAGAAAACGUCUUCUAUACCAGUAACACCUGUGUUAAGGUAGGAGACUUUGGAUUCAGCACAAUAAGUAAAAGAGAUGAAACUUUAAAUACUUUCUGUGGCUCUCCUCCUUACGCUGCCCCCGAACUCUUCCGAGAUGAAAGCUAUGUUGGCAUUUAUGUAGACAUCUGGGCACUGGGAAUCCUGUUAUACUUCAUGACGACGGGUAUCAUGCCAUUUCGGGCAGACACAGUGGCCAAGCUGAAAAAGUGCAUUCUUGAAGGGACAUACAGUUUGCCUGCCUGCCUCUCAGAACCUUGCCAGAAACUGAUAAAGGGCGUCCUUCAGCCAGUACCGACCGAACGGUACUCUGUCAAACUUAUUAUGAACAGCGAAUGGAUGCAAGGAAUACAGUACCCCAAACCUUUACAGCCAUUUAAACUGGAUCCAAAGUAUUUAUCAGACAUCAAUACACUCAAAGAGGAAGAAAUCGAAGUGAAAAAUAUUCUGGAAGAUCUGGGAAUAACAGAAGAGCACAUUCAAAAUAACCAGGGAAGAGAUGCGCGCAGCUCAGUAACAGGAGUCUACAGAAUUGUUUUGCACAAAGUACAGAAGAAAAGGGCACUUGAAUGUGUUCCUAUCAUGUCCCAUCCAGACCCCAAAGAACAAGACUUGAAGAGAGGAAUCUGCUCUUAUAGUGGGAUGAAGCACACAUCCAAGCUGUGUUCUAUUUUAUAAAUUGCACUGCAGACCUUAUACUCGGCACACUUAAAGGGGUUUAUUCACUUUUCACAGGUUCUGGUGUUACAUUUUUUGUAAUUUUUGAAUAAACCAAAAAUGC